CAUCGUCGUCGUCUCCUGGCAACUCGGUGUAAAUAGUCCUCUAUGUUUGGCUUUGCAACUCAUAGUCAGUGACAAAAUGAAUAAAAACGUGUCUUCGGGCUGACACAUUUCGAUAUCGUGCUCUUUCAUUUCGUCGAAGCAACAUUUUGGAACGCGAUUUUGGCCAUUAUUUGCGGUUGAUCUGGAAUAAACCUGCCAAUGGGGCUGUUUGACAAACUAGCGGGAUGGCUCGGUUUAAAGAAGAAGGAGGUGAACGUAUUGUGCCUGGGACUCGACAACAGUGGAAAAACAACCAUCAUCAAUCAACUCAAACCAUCCAAUGCCCAGGCACAAGACAUUGUCCCAACCAUUGGCUUCAGUAUAGAGAAGUUCAAGACUUCAAGUCUCUCCUUCACAGUUUUUGACAUGUCAGGCCAAGGCAGAUACAGGAACCUGUGGGAGCACUACUACAAGGAGGGUCAAGCCAUCAUAUUUGUCAUCGACAGCAGUGACAAGUUGAGAAUGGUGGUGGCCAAAGAAGAGUUGGAUACACUCUUUAACCAUCCAGACAUAAAGCACAGACGGAUACCCAUCUUGUUCUUUGCCAACAAGAUGGAUGUUCGAGAUGCCCUGUCUUCAGUCAAAGUCUCCCAGCUACUCUGUCUGGAAAACAUCAAAGACAAACCCUGGCACAUCUGCGCCAGCGAUGCUGUCAAAGGAGAGGGUUUACAAGAAGGAGUCGACUGGCUACAAGAGCAAAUUUCACUAUCAGAUCAGAACGAUGAGAACGUGAGGUCAUAGAGGACCUCCCAGGGGAAACACCAGCGCCCUAGACACAGUAACCAACGCAACGGCAAAGUCCCACCACAGCGGAAAACCCUCACCCCAUUUCCCAUACACACACGCGCUUGCCAUCUCUCUCUUCAAACCCACAUGUUGAAGCCAGCCAGACACUUCCCCAUUUUCCAUCAGCAGUGUUUGUGAGUGAGAAGCUGGCCUUAGAAGCAGCUGUUAGGAACACCUUGUUAGGUGAGCAGAUGUAGAAGGAGGGGCUACAGUGUGACUUCUGCAGCUAACAGAAGAUGUUCUGUCUUAAUGGAGACUUGGCAGUUUAUGUUAUUUGUAGGGGAAAAAGUUAUCUUCCAAAAAAACGACAGAACAUUCAAUAUGAAUGAUAUGCUUUCAGUUGAUCUUUUCCUAAAUAACUGUACUAAAUAAUUGUAUAAUAAAGUGUCUAGUGAGAUGUAUAUAGAGUUAUCAGAUAUAGAUAGAUAUAUAUAUAAACAGGUUCAUGUUAGUUCUCAUGUUAGUCCUGAAAACUAACCGAUAGAUAUGAUGCCUUAUCUAUUACUAAUCAAGUGAGACAAAUAUGCUGGUUUUCAUUUCAAAUCAUUACAUUGCUAAUGGAAGGCUGUACAUGCCUCCCUGAAGUUCACAUGUGAAGUAACAUUAUGACUUUUCAUUAAUACAGUUGGACCAAGCAAUGCUGGUAUGUCAGCUCCAGUGUCAUCCCAAAUGUACCAGUCUGUUUGUAACCUGCAUUUAUGAUAUGAUGCUUGAUUUUUACAAUAGCAGGUAUUUUCUUGUGGGUUAAGGAAGGGUUUUGUAUUAAAAUCCAUCCAUUCUGUUUUAUGAUUGUAUAUUUGAAUAUGAAACUGUUUAGUCAAGGCACAGUACAUUUUCCAUCAAGUCUUGAUGGAACGUCUCAGUACUUUCCCAUUCUUCAUUGUAAAGUAAAGAUGAUAAGGAAGUGUCUGGAUUGUUUGUAGUAGUCAAAGCAUCCUCAGUUAUUGUAUAGUUUGUACUACUAAGGCUACAUUUACUGUAGAGAAUUUGUAUUCAUAUGUUGUUGAUAAUGUACACAUAGAAUCAGAAUCAGAAUGGGAUUUAUUCGCCAUGAAAGUUUGCACAGACAAGGAAAUUACUUUGGCAGGAAGGUGCAUACAAUAAACAUAUAGGAACC